AUGGCUGCGAUGUUUUCAUCAAAGUUACAGCUACUCCGAUUAACAUUACUCCUAUGUCUCUAUCAACUCGCCUCUACCGUGUUUGCGGCACCGCGGCCGCCGCCGUUUGAUGUUACUCCCCAAAACACGAAGCUCACUGCUGGCCGAGUGGUUAUGGGAAUAAUAUUAAUCGCUGUAGGAAUUUUCUACUGUUUCUUUGGCAGAAGAUACUUUAGAAUCAGCAUGUUCAUUCUUGGCUUUUACGUUGGGGCCGUGAUAGCUUGGAUCAUAUUAUUAAAUGCAGAACCAGAUGGUGGUUACGCAGGAUCUGAAGCGGUAACAGAAGCAAUACUUGUUGUGGUAUCUAUUGUCGUCGGUCUGCUGUUCGGAGCGCUGUUUUUGUGUUUCUCUACACUUGUGGUAUGGGUUCUCGGAGGAGUAGCUGGCUAUGCCUUGGCCUUGUUCAUACUCUCAUUCGGAAGUGGAGGCCUAAUACACUCGCGCGCCGGCCGAAUCGUUUUCAUCAUAGCAUUUAUAAUCGCUGGUAUUGUUUUCACUGUAUGUUUCCCCAACCUGGCGAUCAUACUGGGCACUGCAUUCAUCGGAGCAUUCUCGAUCAUACUGGGUAUCGAUAUGUUUGCAAGGACUGGCUUUACCGAGACGUUCAGCUCAAUGCAAAAUGUUAACAAGGAUACCCUUGAAUAUCGUGUAAGCGGGAGAGUAGUAGGAAUGUUGAUCGGAAUGAUCGUACUCUUCCUUCUGGGAACGAUAGUGCAAUGGCACUACUUCAGGACGUAUAAAUUUGGAUAUUACGACCCGGCAGCGAAAAGAAGAUUCGGAUUGGGUCCUUGGAGAUGGGGAAGAAGGAGAAAUAGAGCUCCCGUAGUGUAA